ACCCCAAGCAUCAACAUCGAAAAUUUCAGAAGAUCGUGAUGAUUGCUCUAGUGUAACCACAUUAACAAGUAUGGACUCGGAGACUGCAAGGGAGCUAUGUCUGAGCAAUUCAAUAAAGAAUGCGUUUGAACGAAUUUCAUCUAAUAAAGCUGGUGGUACGAAGUAUAACAGAAUUGUUCCAGCAUUGAUAUUUUUUAUCUGUCAAGAUAUGCGUCCAUUUAAUAUAGUUGAAGGUGAAGGCUUUUUACGACUUGUAAAAGAUCUGGAGCCUACUUUUAAAGUUCCUGGCGCAAAGUAUUUAAAGAAAAUGACUACCGAAAAGUACGAAGCUUGUAUAACUAUUUGUAAGUCCAAAUUACCCAACAUAGACAAUUUCUGUUUAACGCUGGACAUAUGGACAGAGACAAUGAAUGAAGUAGGAUUCAUGGGCGUCACCAUACAUUUUGUAGAAAAUGGUCAAAUGUGUAUGUAUUAUCUUGCAACUCGUGCAUUAAAAGAGCGACAUACAGCUGAAUACAUAUCGGAAAACCUGCUGGAUAUUUUGAAAAAAUGGAAUAUUCCACUUACCAACAUUCGUGCUGCUGUAUAUGCAGAUAAUGCCAGUUCAAUGUUGGCUGCCAUACGAAUGUCUUUAGGCGAAAAAAAACAUUUACCGUGUUUUGCCCAUACUAUUAACCUUGUAGUUAAAGAGGCACUAAAGUUGCCCAGUGUUAAAUCAGCUGUUAUAAAAGUACGAGAAAUUGUUAAUUGGAUAAAAAAUAGUGUUGUGCAGUCGGAUAAGCUACGAAAAAUCCAAAUGCGUAAUAAUGUUUCGGCAGGAUCAGUUUUAAAACUUAUUGCAGAUGUAAGAACUAGGUGGAACUCAACUUUUUUUAUGUUAGAGCGAUUUCUAAAGUUAAGAAAGUAAUAUCAGAAAUUGUAAUUGAGAGUGUAGUGGCUCCAAAUUUGCCAAGUGCAGUGGAAAUGGAAACCUUGAAUGAGCUUACAACUGUAUUAAAGCCUUUUGAAUAUGUAACAAGAGAAUCAUCGGGCCAAAAGUAUGUAACAAUCUCCAAAAUUAUACCAAUGCUUAAUUGCUUAACUACAGAACUGAAUAGUAUCACUCCAAACUCCGCUAUCGUUAAAGAAUGUAAGGAUGUUUUAUUGAGAGAGCUGAAAAGGAGGUAUGGGAUGAUUGA